UCACAGGACAGCGAUGCAGCUUUUUUCAUAACUAGGCUUCUCUUCUUUCGCUCGCCCUGGAAAAGCAACCAACACGACAAGAAACUGGUUCUGCCGGCGCAGAGAUGUAACAUUGUUUCACAGGGCAGCCCGUAUUCGAAACAGCAAUAGCGCGUUGAUGUACCGGGUCAGCUAAUAUGACAUUAGGCCUACAAUAACAAAUCUGUGUGAGCAGGGGAAAACACAGUCGUUUCAACAGCUGGACGCACCAUGGCUCGGCGAUCCCAGUGCUCCUCGGCAGGGGAUAACCCCCUGGAUCCCAACUACCUACACCCUCAUUACCGAGAGGAGUAUCGCAUGGCCAUCGAUGCUUUGGUGGAAAAUGACCUGGAGGGCUAUCUGGAGUUCUUGAAGUCGGCAGACGUUGUGGAUUUUCUCUCCAGGCUGGAAAUUGAGCAUAUUCAAAACCAUGUGCAAAACCCUCAACACGCGGAUAAACCACCGGGCGCGACCGGCGAGGGAGAUGGCGCGUCAGGCGAGGGCUCUUCGGAUACGUACUGGCCCAUGCAUUCGGAUACCGAUGCCCCGAGCCUGGACCUGGGCUGGCCCCAACCUAUGCACUUUUUUGGGCCGACGGAGAUCACUACAUUCGUCAACCCCCCUGACCCGGCCAUGCCCAGCAUCAAGACCCAGGCGCGCAGGCUGAUCAAAGACGCACAACUAGUGGUCGCCAUAGCCAUGGACAUCUUCACGGAUGUGGACAUAUUUGCUGAGCUGCUAGAGGCUGCUACCAUGCGUAACGUGGCCGUUUACAUCAUCCUGGACCAGCAGAACGCCCAUCACUUCACCAACAUGGUCGCCAACUGCAGAGUCAACCUGGAACAAAUCAAAUGUAUGCGUGUGAGGACAGUGGCGGGCAGCACUUACCGUUGCCGUACGGGGAAGUCCAUCCAGGGGCAAAUGAUGAACCGCUUCCUACUCAUCGACAGCCGAGCUGUUUUAGGCGGCAACUACAGCUUCAUGUGGUCGUAUGAGAAGCUCCACCGCUGCAUGGCACACCUGUUCCUCGGCCAGCUCGUGAUCACCUUCGACGAGGAGUUCCGGAUCCUGUACGCGCAGUCGGAACCGCUCGUCAUGGAAGGCGUCCCGAUGGCCAUCCAGAAGUACAGCUCCAUGCCCGAGCUGCAGAAACCGUACCAGCCAUCGUUCCCCGGGGUCAAGCCGGGCCUGGACUGGCCUGGGAAUCCCUACGCCGGCCAGACGGAGGUGGACGCCAGAGGAUUUCCUUUACUACGAAGGGACUCUGCCCCGGGGUGUUUCCCCACACAGCCCCAUGGCUUCCCUCCUCAGCACCCCAGUCUCUACCCUUCUCCUCAGCCCAAUAUCUUCCCCCCUCCUCUACACCAGCACCACAGACCCGGUGCUCUGGACAGAGGCAUGCCCUGUUUUCAAGCAUAUGGUGAAGCGAGCUCUGGAGCUGGCGCCUUCUAUCAGCAGUACCUGAUGCACAAGGAAAGGCAGAGCAUGGACGCUUUGGAGACGCAGAGCACUCACUCGCACAGGGACCAGUAUCAGUGUGAAAGGACUGGCCGGGAACCCACUUACGACCUCUUUGGGAAAUACAGACAGAGGCACCAGCACUCGGACCAGCUUUCAGAACCGGGUGGUCCACCCGGUCCACCUGGUCCACCCAUGGAGCAAGUGGACAAUUACGACCACAUGCUCAAGUUUUUACAAUCGCAGCCCUCUGCUGACAUGGGGCCGGGUCUUGGGCCGGGGGCAGGACUAGAGAAUUUGCCGGUGCCAGAAGGUCCGUACACGUCGAGUCGCAGGAGACAACGUUCAGGCCAGUCAUACGCCUGCCAGCCCUCCCCAACAUCACCCAGCCCUCACGAGGCCAACCGACUCUUCAUGGAACAGGGAGGUGGGGAACGCAAGCCAAAGGACGAUGAAGCUAAGAAAGGACUGCGAGACUGGAGGAUUCUGUCGUACCUCAGUGCGUAUGACGAUUCUCCUUCAGAGGACCAGGGGUUGGAUGUGGGAGACGAUUCACCUUUCUCUUCUCAGGAGUAUGAUCUUGACCCGCUAGACCCUAAAAUGGGUCUCAGAAAACCGCCCAGGAUGCCCUCUGCUUUCCUCCCCUCACGACAGAAGAGGCAAGUUCAGACGGAUGAUAUGAAAAACCAUCCGUCUGUGCAAAUAGAUGCCAUGUCAGGCACCUCAGAAUCAUCCACCAUCCCAGAGGACAAAAGGGCUGGGGAUGGAGCAGACAAGCAAGAAGCAGAUGCGAACGAGGACCUUCUUCGUAAGAAAGCGAAUCCCCCCCUUCAAAGAGCAUCAAGGCUGAGGAACUCCCUUCUCUUCAGUUCGAACACAGAGAAGCACAGAUCUCUCUUCGAUUUGGCCAAACCUAAAGAAGAGUACAAACCUGAGCCUCAGGAGAAAAGUUCUGAGAAGACGCUUUUGAAACAGCAAUCUGAGGCGACUGUAGUUGGGGAGGAACUGAAGCCUCCUGAACUUGCUCUCAGCCAACUACAGCGAUCGGCGUCAUUCAUGUUGGACGUGGACGACGCUGACAGCAGGCUGAUGUUCUUCAAACAGCUGGCUGCCCAGCGCAAAGCUGAAGCCAUGGCGAAGUCGGCCGAGGAAGCCGCAGAGAAGCCCCACACAGAGCUGGGUAAAACAGGAAGCAGCGCCCUUGACACAAGCCACAAGGCCACGGGACAGAAGCAACAGACCUCCGACACCUCACGCAAGCCAACAGAUCAGCCUGGGGGAACUGACUCACAGCCAUUCAAAGCUACAAAGGAUAAGGUUCCCAUCAUUACACUGCAUGUGUCAGAUUCAAAGUCAGUGGAAACGUUGAGUGCCGUGGAGGAUAUCACGUCCGAGGAUACCACAGCAGGCCAAGCUCAUGGUGUACUUCCACAAAUCGCGACAGAUGCUGAAAAGAUUGAGCAAAAGAGGUUACAAGAGCCUGCUGUCGCUAAGGACGCGAGUCUUGGGCCAAAUGUCAAGCAGAAGCCACUUGAUCCAGCCACUAAGCCUGCCAAAGAGGAGGGCACAGCCAUACCUUCAGACAUCAAGACUGAGUCACCAUCGAGCAUCAAACCUGUUCUGCCUGGCCUCUCUGCAGCAGCAGCAGCUGCCGAAAAAACAGUGGCGGCAACCAAAGACACGCCUGACGUCAUCUCAUCUGGGGAAGCUGCGCACGUGGCGAGUACAGGGACGGCGGAGUCAAGUGGAACCAAAAAAGAAGAGCUUGUGGAAAUGCGACCCAAACCCACUCUGCAACACGCCUCAAGACUGAGGAACUCCCUUCUCUUCCGGUCACGGUCAGAGCAGCAAGGAGCUCGGAGAAGGAGUAUCCCGGACUAUCUGGGUCAAGAUGGUGAACCAUCAUCUGCAGCAGUUGAUCCUGGCUCUCAGGACAAAGAGCUUAAAACACCUGAAGACUGUGCUGCAACCGGAACCCCGGCAGCAGAAGCAAGUCACCAAGGUUCUGCACAAGAGACAUGUCAGGGAGCACCUGAAGCAAAGCUUGGGGACACAUCAUAUAAAAGACAGGCCUCAUUCACACUGGGAGACAAAACCUGCCCCGUUGAGUUCCAGAACAAAGUUCUUCAGAGAAGCACGGCCAUGUUGGAUCUAUCGGACCCCUACUGCAGACUGCGGUUAUUCAGGGAGUUAGCUGCUCAACGCAAAGCAGGGCAGGCGGCAGCCAAAGAUGCUGAAACUGCUACGGGCGAAAUGUCUGAAGAGCCAGACGAACUGAAGGACACCUCUACAAAAGAGGGCAAUGUUUCAUCCCUACGCCGAAGCAGCUUCAAAGACAAGCCUGCUCCAAACCGCAUUGGCAGCCCAGAUUAUGAAACUGCAAACACAGAUGGGAGCUCAGGAACAGAGAGUUUCACGACAGCUCCCAACUCCCCUAGCACUCCAACCCCAACUGAGUUCAGCCCAUUAUCAGCGGCUCAGAAAGAGUCUAAAUCAGCCAUUGAACUUACUUCACCUGCAUCUCCACAGCCCACCUUCAUGAAAUGUGUUUCACCUCAGUCGACCUCUCCGACAGAGAUUAAGUCUGAUCAAAGUGCAGCCAAACAGCCGUCACCUUCAAGGACUUGUGCACCUUUGAAAUCAACCGAAGCAGACGGUACCUCAGCGGCUGGCCCCCUUUCACAGACAGUUAAAUACUCAAAUCCAAACUCCGCCCUCACAAAGUCUCCAACUGGCACUUCAUAUCCUUCCAAUCCACUGACACCCAGUUGUGAAUCAAGCACUGCCAAAACUAAAAAGGAAUGCCCAGCCACUAAGACAGAAGUCACAAGUCCAGGGAAAAAUGCUGCCAAUUGUUCCAUGAAAACUGGCUCCGAAUCAGCAGAUAGCUCCUCCCCAGCGAGGCCAACUUCGAUAGCUGUGGAGUCCCCAGUACAGUCACUUCCAGCUAAAAGCAACGUUUGCUCUGGAAUAACCCCAACAAGCCCAGUGGCUAGCAAUCAUGCAGCACUUAACACUGACUGCAGCUCAGUUUCUUCUUCCCCAAUGAAAGCUAGGCCAACAUCCCUGUAUUCCCCAACAGAACCCAAAUCUCCCUCUGCUGUCACAGUUACUGAUACAAGCUCUGCUUCAGCAUCUGUCAAAAGUGGCCUACGGCGCAAGAACAGCGCUAAAAAGAGCCCUACCACACCGGAGGUUUCACCAACAAAGCUCAAAUCACCCUCGUGUUUGAGGAAAAAAAACACACAGUUACAGGAUACCACUAGUAGCCUACAGAGCAAGGACAGUACUGGGAAAAGUCCAGCUGCCAGCACUCCUGAAACCACAAACACAGACUCAGUGUUUUCAUUUGUGUCCUCCCCAGUAAAGUCUUCUCCAACGGACGUGACAUUCCCAACAGAGAGCAAAUCACCCACCAAAUCUCCUGCCCUGACCCCCAAAUUAGAAAGGAAAGGCUCAAAAAGAAGAAGAAAGGGUUCAGUGCCCUCUAGCCCUCAGAGCCCACACAAGGAUACCUCAACAACUCCAGCAGUUGUUGCCAAGGACACGUCUGGUCAUGCUAACACUAGCUUAUCUCCUUUGUCCUCUCCAAAUCAAGCUAAUCCAACAGCAAGUGUCACCUCAGCAGAAGCUCGCUCCUCCUCUGUGACCAAUGACCCAGCAGCAACUAGUCCAUUUCCUGUAUCUAAAGGAACUUUAUCUCCCCAAAAACAAGACAGUCCAGUAUCUGACCUUUCAAAAGAGCAUUCUGGUCUGUCAAACAUUCCUGAAACAUCUGAGGCUGGCCACUUUCCAAAUCCGGCUGAAAGGGAGGCUUGCUUAAGCCCCAAGGCAUUUCCUACCAGCCCCCGUGAUCUGAAGACAGGGGUGGCUAGUUCACUUUCAGACGCUACCAAAACUGACAAAAGCUUCUUCCCCACAGCUGCUGAAACAUUCAUACCCCCCACCAGCCCAGUGUCAAUACCAUCAGCUUUACCAGUGAGUCCUGGGUCAGAUACACUCACAACAGCCACCGGUCAAGAAAGUGCAACGGAGGCACCUUUAUCUCCUGUCCUGACUGUCUCUGGAGGUUUUAGCCCUAACGUACAACCCUCUGUAGUAGAACCAGUCUCGGCUGCAGAUGGCUCGGGUAGCUAUGCCAGCGUCAUUGAUAAUGGUGUGACUGAGCGGCAGAGUGUCAAUAACAGUAGUGAUACCAAAGAAGUCCAAGUGAGUGGACAUGCCUCAGCAGACACAGCCAAGACAUCUGAGGAAACCCAGAGAGAGGAUCUCAGUGGUGCUACAUCCCAAAUCAAAGAUCCUGUGACCUCACCGUCAUUGGAGGAGUCGGAAGACCAAACGUCUGCCGCUGAGGAGCGGGCGAAAAGCACUUCACCUGCCAGCCGGUACCAGUCCUCCACGGCCAACGUGAUAUCCUGCAGCAACCUGCGAGACGACACCAAGGUCCUGCUGGAGCAGAUAUCGGCCAACAGCCAGAGCCGCCAAGCCGCCAAGCAGAACUUAACGCCGGCGCCAAGCACUGACGAUGCCAAAGAGGAGGAGGCAGAGAAGGGCGCAAACGAGAAGGGCAAGAGGACCACUGGCAGCAGGUUCCAGAACUGGGAGUCACACAUGACCAAGAACGAGCGCGACAGGUUGAUCACUGCCAUGGAGAGCAAGAGAAAAGAAAGGAGAGUUUACAGCCGCUUUGAGGCACUUUAGUUUUUGAAGGACAAUGACAAGAGAGGGAUGCAGAGGAGAAGACAAGUACCUCCUCGAAGCAGGCGUCAUGAAGUCAGGAAGCAGAGAGGAUGGGUCGUUUUGGAAGAAAGAGCACCCGGAUAGUUACGAGGACGUCCAGCAUGGGGUUGGAAAGGGUGAUCUAGUAUGUUGUGGGAAAGAACACAGGGGCGUUGUGUUAAUGUGAUGACUCUGCACUGGAAACGAAUGUGGUUGCUUGUUGCUUGGAGUAUUGAUGAAGAAAAGCAACACUGGAAUCUUGUCUUGAGAUGUGGUUUUGUAUUUUAGUGAUUGGAGCUGCAGUGUUAUUUUUUAACAGUACACAUACAAAAUGUUUUUUUUUCCUUUUUCACCUGACUGUCAACUGACCAGAGGACAUGUCUGACGCCCAAGGACGUGCAUACAGGACAUUAUUCUCAACACAUUUGUUGUCAUUUAUUUGCAUAGUGUUAACAGUCUCCUGUGUAUUAUAGAAUCAAAGUGAGUGUAUCCAAGGGCACUGUAAAUAGUGGGCUAUGUGUGGAGGCUGUGGAUGAUGAUAUUACACCAUGAAUUACGUAGGUAUUGCACAUAAUGGGAUGGUGAGAGGUAGUGGGACAGACGCAAAUUGAUCUCUCUCAGCACCAGCAUUGAGGUAGCAAAUCAAAUAUGACACUAUGGACUGUUCGUUAUUCAUUGACGGGGAGGGAAGUGUCAUGCCAUUUAGUUUUUGAUGUCCAUAUCAAUAUUUUUUUAAUCUAAAGUGGAAACACCAUUUCAAUGUCUGCAUAUGUUUCAAUGUAACACCUCCCCCUUUUGCUAUAAUUCAGGGGAGGGUCAUGCAAAAUUUGACAACCAAGGGGAGAAAUCUUCCGAAGACCCCCGACAAUAAAUAACGAACAGUCCCUUAUCAAUCAAUAGCAACACCGAAGUGACAACAGCUGUUCAAAAGCAAUAUUGAUGUGCCAUUGUGCUUUGUGUUCAAAUUGCAAGUAUUUUGAAGCUGUUGUUUGUUCUUUUUUUAAAUCAUUCCUGGCAAAUCUAAAAGUUCCAAGGUGCAACAUAUUGAACAGGUGAUGGUUUGAAAGUGGUUUUCCAUCACCUGAAGAGCCAUGGACAGUAGAGCUGGCUAUCACCUCCAUGGAUGGAAGUGGAGAGCCAGCUCUGUAGCCGCGGCGACCCUGUAGGCUCUUCCUAUUGGCUACUGUACAUCAAGGGCAGCCCACAAGCAUGGUGUUUACCAUAAAACCAUUGCACUCCACACUCAAUGUUUUUCCUUUCCAACCAUCUCUGCCAAAGUUUCUCACCCAUUCUACCAAUUUAUGAAGAAUUGUACGGCAGAUGUCCCUGACUGACUCACAGUAGCGUUACAUCCAUGAGAUAUUUGUGCACCUGGUGAUUCUUUUUUAUUAUUAUUUUUCCUCAAAAUUCAACACAAAGCCAGUGUCAGUCCAAACCUGUCAGUGGAGUUUAUAUGGAAAUGUCAAUAGAGGUGAACAAACAGAUGGAUUUGCAGUGAGAAUGACAUGGAUGUAGAACUGUGGUUCUCAACCUUUUUUGCGCAAACACCCCCUGCACCUCAUCCUAAGCCUGCCAAUGCCCCCUUUACGAUUACAAAAUUUAAAUGGACUAAUGCCCCCAAUGACAACUAAGCACCACCCCUGCUCAACUUUAUCCCUCUCAACCCACUCAAUUGCCACUUACUAUAUUUUUUCUGGCUUUUUCUGUAAACCACAGUUUCUGUGACACACAGAUGCUAUCGUACACAAAGACCAAAUGAAACAAAAAAGCACUCAUGAACAAUUGUAGUUUACGGCACAUGCAAAAGAGCACACUCACAUCUGAAUGUCUGUGAGCAAGUAUCUUUCUACUGUUACAUUACAUUACCACUGCCACUUUACCCAUUCCCUGCAUUUACACAACAUUCCCUUUUAUUUUCUUCUUUUUUGUAUCUGUUGAAAAUCAAAUGCAUCUCUACCAGCUUUGGUAUCGAACACAAUGUAGUAUGAUUAAGGUGUAUAUUUAUAAAAUUCCAUUUGUAUAUAUGAGAAAGGUUUAUGGGAUGAAUACCAUGUACAUGA